AUGAGGAUAACCUCACUCGCAGCCACCGCGCUCGCCAGCGCCGCCCUCUCCUCCGCAGCAAUCUCCCUCCCCAACGGCUGGUUCGCCAUCGCCCCCGACGAGAAGCUGAACCCCGGCAAACUCGACGGCGGGCCCCGGUACCUCACAUGGAUGGCCGACUCCCAAAUCAAGCACGGCGUAGAGCCUACCUACGCCUACACAAUCUCAGCCUUCUACUCCGGUGUCCUGCGUGCCUACGAGCGGACAGGUGACAAGCGAUACUACGACUACGUCAAGCACGCCACAGACAUCCUCCUCUACCCUUCCCAAGACGGCGAGAUCCUUCUCUACAACAACAGCAACUCCAUCGACGAUAUCCGCUUCGGUCACACCUUCCUCGACAUCUACAACGCCACCGGCGACGAAAUCUACAAGACCGCCGCGAGGACCCUUCGUCACCAAAUCGAACGCACAGGCCGCUCCCCGGACGGCGGCUUCUACCAUCGCUAUCCCGUCUACAUAGACCAGAUGUGGCUCGACGGCAUCUACAUGCUAGACGUCUUCUACGCCCGCUGGACCGCCGAGUUCGAGCCGGAUAACACCACCGCGUGGGACGAUAUCGCGUUGCAGUUCGACCUCGUCACCGCGGGUACGAUCCUGGGUAACGCGACAAACGGCCUGCCGCUUCACGGCUUUGACUGGAGUAAGAAGGCCAUCUGGGCUGACCCGGAGACGGGCGCCUCGCCUAACGUAUGGGGACGCGCUGUUGGGUGGUACGUCAUGGCUCUCGUCGACACUCUUGAGCUUUUCCCCCUGGACCAUCCGGCCCGCGAGCGUCUGGUUGGGUAUCUGCAGCACGUCUCGGACGCCGUUGUGGCUGCGCAGGAUGAGAAGACGAAGGGGUGGUGGCUCGUCAUGACGCCUGGUACUGAGGGCCAGUGGGGAAAUUACAUUGAGAGCUCUGGGUCCGCCAUGUUUGUGUAUGGACUUCUCAAGAGUCUUCGCCUGGGCUAUAUACAAGGCAACAGCUAUCUCAGGUCUGCACUUAGCGGUUACAAGUUGAUGACGGACACGUUCUCCGAGACGCGCAAGAGCGAUAAUGCUCUCGUCUGGGGAUGGACUGUGCAGACGGGCAGCUUGAGCUCCAACGGCACGUUUGAGUACUAUGCCAGUAUGCCUCUGUUCGAGAACGACCUCAAGGGUGUUGCUCCCUUCCUCUUUUCCAGUUAUGAGUACGAAUUGUACCUAGAGCAGAAGAAGUAA